AUGAGUAAGAACUGUAUAAUUUUUCUAGGCGCCUCACUUUUUCGUUCUAUCUCUAUAUUGUUUGUUUAUUUUUUUCAACUCUCUCCUUACUCUUCGUUUCUAUUUCUUUCGCUUUUAGACCUCCUCUUCUUUCUUUUAUAUCCUUCUUUUUUCUCUAACUGUUCUCUUUUUAUUUCUGCUUACAAGAAAAUUUGUUUCUGUUCGAAAAAUUCUUUCUCUUGUCCUUCCAUAUCAGACGCCGAUGACAUGGUCUCCUACUUCGGUGAGAGCACAGACGACAGCCGUCAACAAAUGGACGACCACGGAGACGAAGAACUCGGUGACGGUAUAUCUGGCAAAUCGCCCAAAAAGAUCGGCGGCCUGAAAAAACGGCCGAAUUCAGCCCAGUAUGCCGAAUAUGAGUUGACGUUUGACGAGAUCACUGACGGACUAUUUAUGGAUAAGACAGACAGUGAGAAGAAGAAAAAGAAAGGAGGAUGGGAAAAGAUUAAUAUAAGUAAACUGACUUCAAAAGGGUCAAAGGCGCGAGCCUUUUUCUCUGGUCGACGUAGUGCUUCUUUAAGAAGUGUAGUCACACCACCGCAGACGCCAUCGUUACCGGCUACAUCAACGUCUUCUGGUGAGACAACGACUUCCACGGUAAAUACUAUCUCUCCUCAGGUGUCCUUAUUAUCGCAGCGUCUUCAAUUUCAGUUAAAGCAAGCAGCUCAGCUUUCGAGGCAACGACUGCAGCAUCAGACUCAUUCCUUACCGUCCCCCAAACCCGGCCUCCAGCGUUCGUUCACUCAACCUUCACCUCCAUCAUCACCUUCAAUGCCAUCCAAGAUGAAAACCGGCGACGCCCUUACACCUCAGGGGGAUCAACCGAAAACAGUCCGCUUCACGGUAGAUAGCUUCGAGGCUGGGGGCGGCAGUGAGGAGUUAGAAGAGGAAACCAGUGUCAGGUCCCGACGGUUUGAAAAGGAAAAAUAUCCAGGAAAGACGUUGGAAUCUUUAACAUUGUCAGCAUCUUCAUCUUCACUCAGAAUAGGGUCCCCUUCUCUGUUAAACCUUUCAGCUUCCCAGUCGGCUAUGUCGAUAUCCUCAAUUCCAGUGAGCCCGAUUGCAAACGAAUCUACAGCCCCCAACCUUGGGACAGAAUCGACUGGCUCCUCAAAUCUUUCCUCCAUGAAAUUUAGUCUUCACAAGAUACUGACGCCGAAGAUCCUACGAGAGCUUAAGCUGCAAAAUCUAAAAGAACUUCAACAAACAAAGCAAGAAACAACAUCGGAAAAGCCAGCACCGACGCCGACUCCUUCCACUGAAGUCCUACCUCCGCUUCCUCCUCCUUCUUCUUCUGCUUCCACUACAGAUACUACCACUACCACUACAUCUGCAAGCACCACUAGUGAUAGUAGUACUACUAUGAUAACUAUAGCUAGAACAGCAACACCAGAUGAUACCGAAGCAGUCGCGAGCACAUCUUCAAAUACUCCUUCCUUCACACUAGCAUCCAUAAUCCAACUUAAAAGACAACCGUCUUCUCCGACAUCAUCAAGAUCGUCCGCUGAGGUUGCGACAACGUCCGAAGAUACAAUUGGAGAAACUAUGACACCUGGUGACGGGGGUGAUGCCACCACCCCUGUCCCAAGUAUCUAUGUAACAGGGACAGCACCUAAGGCUCUUCCGGAAGAGAUCGGGGAUUCACAGGAGAGUAGCGCAAGCCCAAGUCGGCAGAAGCCCUCUACGAGUUCCCGGAGCAGUUUCAAAUCAACUUCAAAAACAUGGGCUAAGGCGGCAGCCAGAGCGGCAGCAAAGGCGGCCUCACGGGCAGCGGCACGAGCGUCCGCUGCAGCUGCCGCCGCGGCCUCGUCAGUUAAAUCAUCAUCCUCGUCAUCUUUAUCUUCAGCGUUGUCUUCUUCAACAAGCACGUCAUCCACAGGCCUGCAUCUUCAUCUUCGUAGUCCUGAGCUUCGGACUCCAAAUCCGCAGACCCCAACUCCUGUUCGUAUAGCAAGCGCGGGGAACGAGGAAGGAGUGGCAGAAGAGGCAGCCGCUCAAACCCCAGACCCGGAGCAGUUCGAUAUCCCGUCGGCUGAAGGAAUGGAGAAAGUAAUCGACAACGAACGGAAAAUUCGGAUCAAGCGACUGCAGCGGGAUCUCACGCGAAUUCAGAAAGAGUUACAAGCUCUCGAUGACCUUGAGUACGAAGUUUCGUACGUUUGA